GGAUGACAAUGGAAUAUUUUAUGAGAAGAUAACCACGCUCCUUGCUGCCAACUUGCAACCCCUCCAUACUUGUUUAUAAAAAAAAUGUAAAACUAUAUAAGCGUUAUGAUCUCUUUAUAGUACACUACAACAUUUAUUAGAUUCAAAUAGAGGCUGUAACUUUACCAUCUCUGCACCAGCGGGCAGGAUGAGGAAAUUGAAGAUGAAGCUCUUGGCCAUCGUUUUAUUUACUAUUGUGACCCUUAAAGUGGUGAGCUCGCAUGGAGACCAGCCUCUUUCGAAAGUUGCUAUUCACCAGACAGUAUUUGCUCUUCAUGAUGAGGCUUAUAUUAAAGCCUCUCGAAGUGUUCUUGGAACCAAGGGAGAAAAUACGGAAGAAGAAAAUAUGGAAUGGGUGACUGUCAAAUUCAAUUGUCCUAGGCCAUCAGACAAUGACUGGGUUGGAGUAUUCUCUCCUGCCAUUUUCAAUUCCUCAAAUUGCCCUGCAGAAAAUUCAGCAACACAGACACCAACACUAUGUACAGCACCUAUUAAGUAUAAGUAUGCAAAUUACAGUAAUCCUAAUUACAAAGUUACUGGAAAAGGAGUAUUAAAGUUUCAGUUGAUUAAACAGAGAUCUAAUUUCUCUUUUGCACUUUUCUCCGGUGGCUUAUCAACGCCAAAGCUGGUGGCAGUAUCAAGUGCUGUAAUUUUUGCAAAUCCAAAUUCUCCUGUUUAUCCACGUUUAGCACAAGGAAAAAUGUGGAACGAAAUGACUGUGACAUGGACAAGUGGAUAUGGGAUUGACGCAGCUGUUCCAUUUGUUGAAUGGGGUAAAAUAGGAGGAGACUGUGUGAGAUCCCCUGCUGGGACAUUGACCUUUGACCGUAACAGCAUGUGUGGUGCACCUGCAAGAACAGUUGGAUGGCGAGAUCCUGGAUUUAUACACACUAGUUUUCUCAAGGAACUGUGGCCUAAUACAAUGUAUUUUUACAAGCUGGGGCAUAAAAAAUGUGAUGGUUCUUAUGUAUGGAGUCGUGAAUACCACUUCAGAUCCCCUCCUUAUCCUGGCCAAAAUUCUAUUCAACGUGUUGUCAUAUUCGGUGACUUGGGAAAGGAUGAAGUUGAUGGAUCCAAUGAGUACAAUAAUUACCAGCAUGGCUCUCUCAACACUACCAAUCAGCUUGUUCAAGAUCUGGAGAACUAUGAUAUUGUCUUCCUAAUUGGAGAUAUAUGUUAUGCAAAUGGAUACCUUUCGCAGUGGGACAAAUUCACUUCUAUGGUUGAGCCAAUAGCAUCAACUAAGCCAUUCAUGGUUGCUAGUGGUAAUCAUGAGCGUGACUGGCCUGGAUCAGGAUCUUUCUAUGGAAACUUGGAUUCAGGGGGAGAAUGUGGUGUCUUGGCUCAAACUAUGUUUUAUGUCCCUGCUGAGAACAGGGCUAAGUUCUGGUACGCAACAGACUAUGGUAUGUUUCGAUUUUGCAUAGCUGACACAGAACUUGAUUGGAGAGAGGGAACUGAGCAAUACAGGUUCAUUGAAAAUUGCCUAGCAUCAGUUGAUAGACAGAAGCAACCAUGGUUGAUCUUUCUUGCGCAUCGUGUCCUUGGCUAUUCUUCUGGAGACUUUUACGUGGAUGAAGGAUCGUUUGGGGAACCUAUGGGAAGAGAGAGUCUUCAGAAACUUUGGCAAAAGUAUAAAGUUGAUAUUGCCAUCUACGGCCAUGUGCACAACUAUGAAAGAACAUGUCCAAUAUACCAGAACAUUUGCACCAAUGACAAGAAGAAUCAUUAUAAGGGUAGCUUGAAUGGGACAAUACAUGUGGUUGCCGGGGGCGGGGGAUCGAGUCUUGUGAAAUUCUCCUCGGCUAAACCAAAAUGGAGUCUGGUUAGGGACUACGAUUAUGGAUUCACCAAACUUACAGCAUUCGAUCAUUCAAAUCUGUUAUUCGAGUACAAGAAGAGCAGGGAUGGAGAAGUUUAUGACUCAUUCAGGAUUUCACGAGAUUACAGAGACAUCUUGGCCUGCGCUCCGGAUAGUUGUCCAAGUACGACGCUAGCUUUUUAAGUCUUGAUUUGGGAUGCAAGCGCAAAUGGGUUUCAUUCAGUUAACCAUCAUUGUGUCCGCCAUUAAAGUUGGGGAGAAAAAAAGGCCGGUGUUCUUUUUUUUUCAUGUUAACAAAUGGACAAUAAAACAUCUUUUGAAUAAAAAGCAAUCCAAAAUUGCAGUACUA